GAGAUAGAAGUGAGUCGUGGAUUGUGUGCGAACGUAGUAUUAGAGGUUGAGAAACACUGGUCUAGACGUUUAUACGAACUUGCGCUCUCUGUCGGCCAAAAUUAUUAUCUUUGAAAUCUAAGAAUAGAAAACAUCACCAGACCAUGAUAUAAAAAGACCCUGCUAUAAUUUCCGACAAAACGAAGAGAUUACGAUUAGUCAUAUCUAAAAGUAUUAUCUAAUCUUGUCGAUACGACGUAGGUCUUAUACAUUUUUAAUUGUUAACAAUCAACCUGUGAACAUUGGAGUGCACAAAAAAAAGAAAAACAUAAUGGAGAAGAUGAAAUAUUAUAAGGAAGUGGGUGGAGUACACAUGUUCACUUUUUUAUCAGAAGAAUCUUUUUUGUCUGGAAUGAAUUAUAAAGCGAAACCUGGAGAUUUAUUUCUUGCUAGUUAUCCGAAAUGUGGAACAACUUGGAUGCAUCAGAUAGUCAAGUUGAUUUUUGCUAAAGGUCAAAUAUCAGAAGAUCCGUUGGAUUUAAUUUUUAGCUUUCCUUUUGUAGAAGUUUUGGGAGCAGAAUACUUAGAAACGGCCAAACCUAAAGGCAUGAGAACACAUUUACCUUUUUUUGCUGUGCCUUACUCGCCAGAUUCUAAAUAUAUUUAUGUUACCAGAAACCCUAGAGAUUGCUGUGUUUCAUAUUACCAUUUUAUGAAACUGCUGCCAUUUCCUGGCGAGUUAAAUUUUCAAGAAUUUCUUGAAGUCUUUCUCGAAGGUAACUUAGGAUACGGAGAUUAUUUCGAUCACCUUCUUGAAUGGUACAAACAUAAAAAUGACGACAAUGUUCAUUUUGUAACGUACGAAGAUCUCAAGAAAGAUAUUAAGGGAGAAAUUUUGAAAAUAGCCAAAUUCCUUGGUGAAGAAUAUGAAAAAUGUAUUUUGAAUGAUGCGACAAUAUUAGAAAAUAUUAUUCGUUACAGCAGCUUUGAUUAUAUGAAAGAAAGCAGUAAGAAGAACCUUGAUGUGUUUUUUAAAAAGGACAAAAAAUGGCUAGAAGAUAAAAAUUUACCUCCUGGAGCGAUGAAAUCUAUACAGAAUUUUAAUCAAAGUGGAAAGGAUACAGAAGGUGGGACGUAUGUUAGAAAAGGGAUUAUUGGAGAUUGGAAAAAUCAUUUUAAUGAAGAACAAAUACGAUUGUUAAAUGAAAAAAUUGUCCAACGAACAAAAGAUAGUGAUGUCAUAAACUUGUGGAAAGAUAUUUUUUAGAAUAAUUAAAUACAUUACCGGAAAGCUUGGGACCGGGACCGAAAGUAGUCCGGAUUUCUGAGACAAGCUAAAUAUAUAAUCAAAAUAUAAAAUGUAAAAUGAACGAAAUUGUAUUCAACACACCAUAUGCCAGCAGUUACAUUGAAAUUGGUGACAUACGACUCGUACUUCAUAGAAACCAUAACAAAGCAGCUGCGCGUUGAACUACAGCUUUACUACAGCCUGUCAAAUUCAAAACUGCCAAUUUCAAAAAUAGACAGUUUUCUGAAAGCCGAAUACUGGUCCGGUACCGUAAGCUCGCUAAUCCAACCUCUCAAUUAUCUGAUAUGUCUUUUAAGCAACUGGGAUCAAAUCCGGACGAAUAAAAAAAA